AUGGAUGCCACCUUACGAAUCACACUUGAAAAAAUUCUAAAUUUGCAUUUUGAUGAUCAGUCUUGGAACCAAGCUACUUUACCGGUCAAAUACGGUGGCAUCGGCGUGCGAAAAAUGUCUAGUGUUGCUCUUCCGGCUUUUCUUUCCUCUGUGCAUAGUAUAAAAGAGCUCAGUUCUCGUAUUCUUAAUUCCAAUUCAGUUUGCAUAACCUAUGCCACAGAGGCUCUAGAGAGUUGGAAGGUCAGAUGUCCCAACGUUGACAUCUCAAAGGAACGUACUACACAAAAACUUUGGGAUGCUCCAUUGGUUCAGCUGACACAUGAAAAUUUAGUUCAAAAUCUUACAAGUGCUGUAGAUAGAGCCAGGCUUCUAGCAUUAUCCGAAAAGGAAUCUGGGUAUUGGCUCCAUGCCUUGCCAUCGAAAAAUCUUGGCACUUUAUUAGACAACGAAAGUUUUCGUGUGGCUCUAGGACUCAGAUUGGGUACACCAUUGUGUUUACAGCACAAAUGUCCAUGUGGGAAAGAGAAUGCGGGUCAGAGUCACGUGUUGUCUGCUUUCUCGGUGUUGACACCCCUGGCUCAGCUCGCUUUGGCAUCUGUUGACGAAUCACACAACCAACUAUGUGAAACUAUAGGGUUGCCUGACGACGAAACCAUAAAAGAAGCAUUUCCACUAGUAAACUCGAAAGUAUCUCGCUUGAAAGGAAUAACGUUGAAUAUGGCUAGUAAAAUCUACGUUGCUGACAGAUAUGAACUCAACGGCGAGUUUGCAGAAGACACACGAACCACUUUUGGAUCUGAAAUUGAAAGCAUCAAUUUUCUAGAAAGUCAAAAAGCUGCAGAUGUAGUGAACUCUUGGGUUGAAGAACAUACCAACAACCGCAUUAAGGAUUUAGUUUCGCCUGAUAGUCUUACAGCAGACACCAGGGGCCUUUUAGUCAACGCUAUUUAUUUCAAGGGACGCUGGAAGAACCAGUUUAAAAAAAGUCUUACCUAUGACGCCGAUUUCUACGUAAAUGCCGAUGACACCAAAAAAGUUCAUAUGAUGUCUAGGACAGGGGAUUACAAAUAUGCAGAAAGUCUGGAAUUGGGUCAGGUAAUCCAAAUACCCUACGAAGGCGACGAGACAUCUAUGGUGUUUGUCCUUCCUAGAAAUAUUCAACACUUUAAUGAAGUCCAAGAAACACUUAAAGAUCCGAGUGUCUUCGAAAAAACCAUGGAAACCUUAUAUAGCGCUGAAGUUGAAGUGAAAUUACCUCGGUUCAAAAUUGAGACUACCACUGACCUUAAAGAAGUCCUCAUUAAGAUGGGCCUCUGGCAACCGUUUGACCCAAGCUAUGCAAAACUGACAAAACUUAUAAAAGAUCUAGACAGUGGUUUAUACAUAGACUCAGCGAAGCAGAAAGCUUUCAUCGAAGUUAACGAAGAAGGGGCUGAAGCCGCCGCAGCUAAUGUUUUCAACUUCGCCUACGCUACUUCGCUUAUUAGUGAACCUCGAGUCAUCAGAUUCACAGCUGACCACCCAUUCUUUUUCUACUUGCGGGGAGGAAAAUACACAUUGUUCAAUGGCGCCUACUACGCAUCUUAGGUAGUUAUUCCUAUGAAAACAAACGCGUUAUCCUUUUUUUAUUUUUGUUUUUACUUUAAUUUGUAU